AUGGCCAAAAGCAAGCAGAAUAUCCCUCUCAUAGAGUUUUUGAAGAGUCGUAUCUACCUUGGAGCUUAUGAUUAUACUCCGACAGACUCUGAUAAGUUGGUUUAUUUCACGGUGGAAGAUGCAUUACCGUAUAACGCUUUUCAUUUGGAUUUUGGUCCAUUGCAUAUCGGGAGCCUUUACAGAUUUGCUGUAGUAUUGCACAACCUCUUGAAUGAGGAAACAAACCAAGGCAAGGCUAUCGUAUUUUACAGUUCCACAAAUCCUAAAGAUAGAGCAAAUGCAGCAUGCUUACUUAGUUGUUAUUUAAUUCUUGUUCAAUCUUGGUCUCCUCACCAAGUUUUGCAACCUUUAUGUCAAAUUGAUCCACCAUUACAGUGUUUCAGAGAUGCUGGAUACUCAAAUGCUGAUUUUGAAAUAUCGAUUCAGGAUAUUGUAUAUGGAAUGUGGAGAGCCAAGGGCCGAGGUAUGAUUGAUUUGACUUCCUUUAAUUUAGAGGAAUAUGAACAAUAUGAAAGAGUUGAUCAAGGUGACUUUAAUGUUAUAUCGAAAGAUUUUAUUGCAUUUGCUUCCCCACAACAAAAGAGACCAGGUUACCUUAAUGAACCAUUUAGGGAGGUUCUUAAUUACUUCAUAGCAAAUAACGUCCAAUUAGUCGUCAGACUAAACUCGCAUUUAUAUGACGCCUCAGAGUUUACAAAGAGAGGUAUUAAACAUAUCGAUAUGAUUUUUGAUGACGGAACAUGUCCGACCUUGGAAUAUGUUCAAAAGUUUAUUGGUGCGGCAGAAUGUGUUAUUAAUAAAGGCGGUAAAAUAGCUGUUCACUGCAAAGCUGGUUUGGGAAGAACAGGCUGUCUUAUUGGUGCUCACUUGAUAUAUACUAAUGGUUUUACCGCGAAUGAAUGUAUCGGGUACAUGAGGAUGAUCAGGCCGGGAAUGGUAGUUGGACCACAGCAACAUUGGUUGUACUUGCACCAGAACGAUUUCAGGGAUUGGAGGCACACAAUGGUAUUGGACAACCAGCCUGAUGAAUUUUUGGGAGGCUUGUAUUCAUUGUGUUCUUACGAAGAAUACAAAACUAGGAUGAGACAAGAAGCAAAGCAAAGGAAAUUACACCAGCAACAAAUAAAUUCAUCGGUCACUCAACCAGAUUCUUCAUUUCACACACCAAUAAGAAGGAGGAAAAUAAGUGGCGCCUUGGCAGCAAAAAUACAGACUGCUGUCCCUAUGGAAUCACCUGGUCAGCCAAGAAAGUGCUUUGAAGAUGAACUGGAAGGAGUUGUUGAAAUAAUUAAUAAUUCGGAUGAGGAAGGUACAGCAUCCAUGCAAGGAAUUCAAAGUCCCUCGAGGAGAUUCAAUACUGGUCAAUAUAAUGUGGAUGAAGAUCUGGAAACUCCAGUAGGUGGCGAGAUCAACGCUCCCCGCAAGAGAAACACUUCCAAUAAUGACUGGAAAGUUCUCAGAUCAAUUUCUGUCAAUAGUCAAAAUCAACCCGUUCUGUUAACUAAGACUACUACAACAACUACAACCAGAACAGUAAGCACAACAUUGUCUUCCUCGCCACAUUCAUCGCCUGUGCAUAAUGUCAAAUACCCCAAAACUCGUUCUAGCUCGAGGACAAAUUCUAAUAGUCCAAAUAAGGGACAGUACUCCCCGAAUCAUAAUAGAAUAACUCCUGGAAGCAUAAGAAAAGUAAGUGGAACGGUUAAUAGCAGUCCAGUUUCCGGCAAAUACUAG